UAUUGGUUGCUUGGCAACUGAAGCCGGGAUGCUGAGGCUGAGUCCGAUGCCGCAUCCAUCCUCAUGUAGUGUGACUAUAACCCACAGACCUGCAGCUGUUGCCGGCCAAUGUUGGGGCAGACACUCUGGGCAGGUUAAUCCUCCCCAGGCAGGUAACCCUACUGCUGAAUUACAGUCAGUGUGUGUGUAAGGAGGCAGGGAACUGAGCCGCUGGUGUGAUCAGCCGGACACACUUAGUACACACCCCUUGUGUGUGAGAAGAAGGUACACGCCCCCUACUGGUUCCUGAUCACUAGUGUGGGGCAGAGAGGAGCCACUACUGCAUCAGUCUGACAGUUACUGCUCAUCCCUGGGACACGGCUCCUGUUCUGAUCCAACGUAUCCCUUCCAUAUGGACUUGACUAUUUAGCAUUUUUAAGCUGGAAUUUUUUUGGACGUUCCAACUUGGGUUUCUGGUACAUAAGGAACAGAUCUACUACAUCAGCUUGCCCGGUAUCCGACACUUUCUGGGGACAAGAUGUGGACCUUUCUGGGGGUGGCCACCUUCACCUACGUGUACAAGAAGUGCGACGAGUUGUUGAACACCUCCCGCCAGGAGCUGAUAGUGGCCGGCUUGUUGUUCUGCACCGCGGGGCUGGUCCUGUCAGUCCUGCACUAUAGGGGCAGGCUGGGCUCCAAGAAAUCAGCCGCUAAGCGAGCUGGACUCAUCUCCAGGGUUCUAAACUGGCCGACACAACGGGGCAACCUGAGGCAGAGAGGAGCUCAAAAGAGCAAAACAGAAAGACAUCUACUUGAAGCCACCGAUUCUGGAUCUGCUACCAAAACUUUUGAACCGGAAGUUGUCAUUGUGGGAGCUGGAGUCCUUGGCUCGGCGUUAGCCACAGUGAUGGCAAGAGAUGGUAGAAAGGUGGCAGUGAUCGAGAGGGACAUGAAGGAACCUGAUCGUAUAGUGGGGGAAUUGUUGCAGCCUGGAGGAUAUCAAGUUCUCAAGGACCUUGGUCUUGGGGAUGCGGUGGAAGGCCUGGAUGCCCAUGUUGUACACGGAUACGUCGUGCAUGAUUUUGAGAGCAAAGCUGAAGUGGAGAUCCCUUACCCUUUGAAUGAAGAGAAGCAGUUACAGUGUGGCCGAGCUUUCCACCAUGGCCGGUUUAUCAUGGGUCUCCGCAAGCUGGCCCAGGCUGAGAGCAACGUCAGGUUUAUGGAAGGGACAGUGACGCAGCUACUUGAAGAAAAUGACAUCGUAACUGGAGUGCAAUAUAGAGAAAAAGAGACAGGAGAUACUAAGGUGCUCCACGCCCCUUUGACGGUUGUUGCCGAUGGAGUUUUUUCCAAGUUCCGGAAAAAUCUCAUUACUGGACAAGUCAAAGUGUCCUCUCACUUUGUGGGCUGUAUUCUGAAGAACUCACCACAAUUCAAGGCCAAUCACGCAGAGCUGGUUCUGGCCAACCCAAGUCCAGUGCUGAUUUACCAGAUAUCAUCGACUGAGACUCGUGUCCUGGUAGAUAUCAGAGGGGAAAUGCCCAAAAAUCUGAAAGAAUACAUGAUUGAGCAGAUCCUGCCACAGCUUCCUGACCAUCUAAAGGAUCCAUUUCACUUUGCGGUAGAGAACGACAGGUUAAGAACAAUGCCAGCAAGUUUCCUUCCACCCUCUCCAGUAAAUAAAAAGGGAGUCCUACUAUUGGGUGAUGCUUACAACAUGAGGCAUCCGCUGACAGGCGGUGGGAUGAGUGUGGUGCUGAAUGACGUGAUGAUUUGGAGAGAACUUCUUCAGGACCUGCCUGACCUCUCCCAACAUUCAGAAGUUUUACAGGCCAAGAAGGUAUUUUACUGGUCCAGGAAGAAGUCCCAUUCUUUUGUGGUCAACGUGCUAGCCCAGGCACUGUAUGAGCUGUUUGCUGCUACAGAUGAUUCCUUGUACCAGCUGAGAAGAGCCUGCUUCAACUACUUCAAGCUUGGAGGAGAGUGUGUCGAUGGUCCUGUUGCACUCUUGUCUGUGGUGUCUCCCAAACCUCUGCUGCUCAUUGGCCAUUUCUUUGCGGUGGCAUUUUACGCCGUCUACUUCUGCUUCAAGAACGAGCCCUGGUUGACCAAGCCCAGAGCCUUGUUCAAAAGCACUGCCGUACUGUACCGUGCCUGCUCUGUGAUAUUCCCGCUUAUAUACUCUGAGAUGAAGUAUUUGGUUUACUGAAGCCACCGACGCUACUGUGAGAUACCGAACAUGCAGGAUUCAUGCUAAAUCUGCUACAUGGAACCCAAUGGUGCAAUUAGUCAGCUUCAUCCUCACCGGUGACCUGACAGAUAAAUGCUAUUCACGCUAUUCCAAUGGUUCAUAGUGUUUAAUCGUGACAAGAAGAAUUAUUACGAAGUACAGCAUUUGCAGUUACUAAUGGUAAUUAAUCAAAGUGGUCUACUUGCAAUAUGGGACUAAGAAGAAAAUCUUUGGUGCAUUUGUGUUGAUAAGACUUUGGGCGGUAUCAGUAUCGAAACAUAUUCCCAUUCCCACUAUUUAUCUGCUUUUAUUCAAAAGCUGCUCUUGUAAGGGCUGCCAGCAUCCUUAAUAACAAUGAAAGGAACAUUUGGGGCUAGCUUUACCUGCAAUAGCAUCCCCUGUAAAUUUCCCAGACUCCCCCUACUAAAUAAAUUCAGGCUACAAAUAUCUGACCGACAUCCUUAUAUCUUUACUGGGCAUACCCAGAUGGAGUCAUAGAAUCAUGGAGCUGAUCUACAACCAAUUAAUUCUACUGACUCUGGUGAAGGGGAUUGCCCAUUGGACUGCUCAUAGCAGAUGGUCAAAGCACACACAGCAUACUCUACUUGGCCGGAAACUCGGCACUGGCCUACUCUACUUGGCCGGGAACUCGGCACUGGCCUACUCUACUGGUCUGGGAACUCGGCACUGGCCUACUCUACUGGUCUGGGAACUCGGCACUGGCCUACUCUACGUGGCCGGGAACUCUGCACUGGCCUACUCUACGUGGCCGGGAACUCGGCACUGGCCUACUCUACUGGUCUGGGAACUCGGCACUGGCCUACUCUACUGGUCUGGGAACUCGGCACUACUCUACUUGUCUUUCAGAACACAUUGGACCUUAACACUUUUGCUUGGGACACAGUGUGCCUACACACUCUCAGUUAUCUCAUGUUUUUCCUUUGGACUCUGUAAGAGAAACUAUACAACAAAAAUAUUUGGGUUGGAAGGUCACAUUCUAAAGUCACCUUAACUGGGCACUUAUUGUACAGAACCGCACUCUCUGCUGUCACUUUGUGUUGCUGCUACUGCCAGUCAGAUAUUUAAUUGUAUCAAAAAUAACUGACAAACAUAGGCGCAAGGCCUUUAAAAUAUGAGAGAACACCAAAACCAUGCAGACUGUGCCCUGGUCAGAACUGAACAAAGGACUUCAGAGCUUAA